AUGUCCGGAGGUGGUUCGGAUGGUCAACAACAGCAGCAAAUGCAUCUGAAUGCCCCUCAACAAAUACAGCUUACACAGAUGCAAUCUCAAAUGCAUCCUCAAAUGAGGCCCCAAACUGUUAUUCGCCAGUCAAUACCGGUCCAUAUGCAACAGGGCCAAAAUGUCCGAAUGCAUAGACCACAGGUAGUUAACUCUGGUCAAAAGGACAAUGUUGUUUCCGCUGCUUCCCCUUUAUCAGGGCUGGCAAACGGAGCACCGAGAGUUAUUGUAAUUAAUAAACAAAAGAUUUCUGCUGGUGGACAAAUUGGUCAACCAGUUCAUGUCCUUCAACAGAAUGUCAUGCAACCACCACCUCAAAAUAUGCUCAAUGAUGGAAGCCACAACAUGGUUGAUCAGACGAGACCAAUCGCUACAAGUUAUGGUCCUCAGGGUACUACUCAUAUGCAAUCAGUACCAAUGUAUCCAAUUGGAGGCCCUGGUGUCCAACAACCCUUCUAUGGCCAGCAAGUAAGAAUCGGUUUACCUGGUGGUGUUCAACAGCAAAUGGUGGGAAAUACCCAAGUUCGCCUGAUUCCUAAUGCCGGCAACGCCGGAGGCAAUAUUCCGGGAAUGCAUAUGGUGUCCCAACCAAAUCAGGUCCAACAACAACAAAUUGGCCACCCACAGCAACAACCAGCGCAACAGCAACACUUUAUGGCAACAACGGAAGGUCAACAACAACGAAUGAUGGUUUCACAGCCUCGUUCAGUUGUCGGUGGUGGUCAGGCGAUGAAACUAAUCCCCACUUCUCAACAACAACAACAACAACAACAACAGCAACAACAGACUAUGGUUUCUCAAGGACCAAGUAUGACUAUCCAAACUGGUGUUCGGAGCAAUGUGUCUCAGUCACAGAUGCAGGCGAACCAUCCUCAGCAGCAACAAAUGGCCAGUGAAAAUAGUUACUUUUGUCGAUGGUGA